CUCAUAAGCCGCAUCCACGCCGGCCUAUCCUACACGCGCACCCAACAAUCCCGCAACCUGCCCAUAACCCAAACCACGCGCUUCACCCUCUGCCCGCAAUCCGCCACCCACCGCCUCGCCCUGCACCUCUUACGCAAAAACGCCACUCUCAUCUCCUCCUCCCCGACCCACGAAUGCUACGAGCUCGGCAUCCCGCGCCCGGACUUUGUGCGCGAAGGCGCGGUCGCGGGUGUGCAUGAUGCGCAGUGGUGGAUGGGCAAGAGCAAGGCGGAGAUUAAGGCGGGGCCGUGGGCGGAUGAGGCGGAGGUGCGGGGGGCG